ACCGGAAGUCCGGUUGGGCGCCACCUACAAUUUUCCCCGCCACGGGACACGGAAACGGGAUAUAACACGAAAUAAAAGGAAUGAAUUUUACGUUGACAUGUGUAGUAUCUUGACGACCAGUGGAUAGUGCGACAUGUGUUUCAACUGACAGCUGAUGUAUGUUUGCUGCAAUCUUAACGCCUGGUAUCAAUAAUGUCUCGCCCAAGAGAUGAUGAUCCGGACAUGUUCAGGAUUAUUGUGGCCACAGACGUCCAUCUUGGCUACAUGGAGAAAGACCCAGCUCGUGGAAAUGAUUCUCUUGUGUCUUUUGAAGAAAUUCUGGAGAUAGCAUCAAAGAACAAUGCUGAUUUUGUCCUGUUGGGCGGGGAUCUUUUCCACGAGAACAAGCCGUCCCGAAGAACUCUACAUGGCUGUAUGGCUUUGUUACGGAAAUAUUGUAUGGGAAAUAAACCGAUCCAGUAUGAGUUCCUCAGCGACCAGUCAGUGAACUUUGACCACUGUCAGUUCCCUACGUUAAACUAUGAUGACCCCAACUUGAACGUCUCCAUGCCAGUGUUCUCCAUACAUGGUAACCAUGACGAUCCAACAGGACAGGGAAACUUAUGUUCGUUGGAUAUUUUACACACCGCUGGACUUGUUAAUUAUUUUGGGAAGACAUCUAAUCUGGAGAAGAUUCAGCUGAGCCCCCUGUUAUUCCAGAAGGGAAAUACAAAAGUGUGUUUGUAUGGACUUGGUUCCGUGCGAGAUGAACGCUUGCAUCGGAUGUUCGUACACAAGAAUGUCACAAUGCUGCGUCCAAAGGAAAACCAAGAGGAUUGGUUUAAUAUGUUUGUUGUUCAUCAGAACAGAUCUAAACACUCCGCAACAAAUUACAUCCCUGAGCAGUUCUUAGAUGAUUUCUUGGAUUUGAUAAUUUGGGGGCAUGAACACGAAUGUCGAAUCGACCCCGAGUGGAACGGCGUUCAGAACUUUUAUGUAAGUCAGCCAGGAAGCAGUGUUGCGACGUCUCUGAGUGAAGGAGAAACAGUGAAGAAACAUAUUGGGUUGUUGCAGAUUAAGGGAAAGGAUUUCAUGAUGAAAAAGAUCCCUCUUGAAACAGUGCGUCCAUUCUAUAUGGAGGAUAUAGUUCUAGGGGAGACAACUCUUAACCCUGAUGAUCACAAUGUGUCAAAACAAAUGGAGGCCUUCUGUACGGAAAAGGUUGAGACAUUGUUGGACAAAGCAGCUAUGGAGCACACAGGCAACAGGAAACAGCCAAAAAAAGCCCUCAUACGUCUCAGGAUCGACUACACUGGCUUUGAACCAUUCAGCAUCCAUAGGUUUGGUCAAAAGUUUGUGGACCGAGUGGCGAACCCCAAGGAUCUAGUGUUGUUUCACCGCAAGAAGGCUGGCGUGAAGAAGGAGGAGAGUGGUGCAGACAACGAGUUGUUGGCCAUGAUCCGACCCCAGUCUCUGGACAGUGCGCGAGUGGAGGACAUGGUGCGAGACUACUUCGUCCAGGUGGAGGAGACAAGCAAGCUGCAGCUGUUGACAGAGAAGGGGAUGGGGGAUGCUGUCAAGGAGUAUGUAGACAAGGAGGAAAGGGAGGCAAUCUCGGAACUUGUCAAGUACCAGUUGCAGAAAACACAGCAUCAUCUGAAAGUCCGGAACGCCAGUGAGGACAGGAUUGACACGGAGGUGACAAAUUUCCGCGAGGAGCGGAAGAAGAGGAAAGAGGAGGAUGAAGAAGUUGCGGAGGCUCUUAAACGUGCUCAUUCCAUGCGCUCACAGACCCUGGAUCGCACCAGCGAGGAUGAGCGGAUGAGUCUUGACUCUGAGGAAGAAGCAAAGCCGACGAGAGGUCGAGGUCGUGGACGAGGGAGUCGCAGCAGAGGAGCUAAGGAAACAACCCGAGGUCGAGGAUCACGUGGAGGUAGGGGGUCACGUGGAGGCAGGGGAAAAAAUAAGGAGCCAGUUAUUGCAACCAAUGGGAAUAGAUCCAUCAUGGAUGCCUUUGCAUCGUCUUCGUCUGUCUCACAGAGGAGUGCAAGGGGAGGAAACAAGAGAAAGACGUACAGUAGCAUGGACAUGUCUGAUGAUGACGAUGUGGUCACCAUUGACGAUGAUGACGAUCCAUUUGAUAUUUCGUCAUCAAGUAGAAAGCAGAAAAGUCAGAAGCCAUCAAAGAAAACCCCAUCUCGGAGAGGUGUUGCAUUUGAUUCAGACAGCGACGAUGAUAUAAUGUCUUCAUCAAAGAGACGAAGAUGAAGUAUGCUUAUGACCAUCCAACUUACUCCUGUAUUUAGUAACAUGCAGUGUGACUGAGGCAUGACUGAUGAAGAUUUGUACUUUGUUUCAUACAUGAAUUGAUGUCAAGAUGCGAGGAAGUAUGCCCACACAAAAAGGAAAAUGUCUAGAAUGUAAUAUACUGCUUAAAAGAAGUAAAACAACACUGAUUUUUUCAUAAUCUGUCAUGACAGGUCUUCUCAAAUUUGAUCCUGAAAACAUGGUUUAUAUAUACCAUUUGUUUAGAUUUGAUCAGUACAUUGUCCAAUUAUUACAAAUAUCUAUCAUGUCUAUUGAAGGAAAGGCCUUGUGUGGGUUUCACGGCUGUAGCUCAUGUAUAUCUGAUUAAACUUGAUUAUGAAAAA